AUGGCCGAGCAGAAAGAAAGCGGCGGCAGCUCGUUGCUGCAUGGCAAGUACGAGCUGGGCCGUCUUCUGGGUCACGGCACCUUCGCCAAGGUCUACCAUGCCCGCCACCUGCAGAGCGGGAAGAACGUGGCUAUGAAGGUUGUGGGGAAGGAGAAGGUGAUUAAGGUGGGGAUGAUGGAGCAGAUCAAAAGGGAGAUCUCCGUCAUGAGGAUGGUGAAGCACCCCAACAUCGUCGAGCUCCACGAGGUCAUGGCGAGUAAGUCCAAGAUCUACUUCGCCAUGGAUCUGGUCCGCGGCGGCGAGCUCUUCGCCAAAAUCGCCAAGGGCCGGCUCAGGGAGGACGUUGCCAGAGUCUACUUCCAGCAGCUCAUCUCCGCCAUAGAUUUCUGCCACAGCCGCGGCGUUUACCACCGGGAUCUGAAGCCGGAGAACCUCCUCCUAGACCAGGACGGCAACUUGAAGGUCACCGACUUCGGGCUUAGCGCUUUUACCGAGCACUUGAAGCAGGACGGGCUCCUCCAUACCACAUGCGGCACGCCGGCGUACGUGGCUCCGGAGGUCAUCGGAAAAAAAGGAUACGACGGAGCCAAGGCGGAUCUCUGGUCCUGCGGCGUCAUCCUCUACGUGCUUCUCGCCGGGUUUUUGCCGUUUCAAGACGACAAUCUCGUGGCCAUGUACCGGAAGAUUUACAGAGGAGAUUUCAAAUGCCCGCCGUGGUUCUCGUCUGAGGCCCGGAGACUCGUGACGAAGCUCCUCGACCCGAACCCGAGUACCCGAAUCACCAUUUCCAAGGUCAUGGACUCCUCCUGGUUCAAGAAAUCGAUUCCCAAAGUCGUACUGACGAAACAGGAGCAGGAGUUCGACGAGCCGAGCGACAAGAUCACGGCGAAGCAGACGGAGACGCUGAACGCGUUUCACAUAAUCUCGUUGUCGGAGGGGUUUGAUCUGUCGCCGCUCUUCGAGGAGAAGAAGCGGGAGGAGAGGGAGGAGCUGCGGUUCGUGACAACGCUGUCGGCAAGCAGCGUGAUUUCGAAGCUGGAGGAGGUGGCGGCGGCGGGGAAGUUCAGGAUAAAGAAGAGCGACUCGAUGGUGAGGCUGCAGGGGCAGGAGAGCGGGAGGAAGGGGAAGCUGGCGAUAGCGGCGGAGAUAUUCGCCGUGACGCCGUCGUUUUUGGUGGUGGAGGUGAAGAAGGACAAUGGUGAUACGUUGGAGUACAACCAGUUCUGCAGCAAGGAGCUGCGGCCGGCGCUCAAGGACAUCGUAUGGACAUCCCCCGUCGAGAAUUCGACGGCGGCUUGA